CCCACUGUUCGACCAAGAACCAGGGUUCCGCAAGAGGAUGCGACUUCAGUACAUGCAUUGUCGCUAAAGAGCCCUUCGCUGAUAUAGUAUAAUGGCUAAUGCCUCGUCCACCCGGCGGCGCCCCCCUCGAGCUCAGCCUACAACACCAAAGUCCGCUACCACCUCGCCAACAACCACGCCAGAUGAGCCCGAGGACACAACGUCCCGUGUCAUCUCCCCCCUCGAUAUUUUGCGAGUCAUACUCACCUUAAUAUUCGCCUCUUGUCUGCUCUCAUACUACCUCACCUCCGGAACGUCUCUGCUGUUCAAAUACGAACCAUGGUUCCUGAAUCCAUCUAAGCUGUCCCACUGGUGGACCGGGCCAAUAGCCCUCACGCCGGAUCAAUUGGCACACUUUGACGGCAGUGACCCUGCGAAGCCUAUUUAUCUGGCUAUCAAUGGGACGGUCUUUGAUGUUUCUGCCGGAAAGCACACUUACGGACCAGGUGGGAGUUACGAAGUGUUCGCGGGAAGAGACGCUACCCGGGCCUUUGUGACUGGAUGCUUUCUUGACGAUCGGACCGGGGACCUCAGAGGCGCGGAACUGAUUUACAUACCCAUCGAGGACGAUCCAGAUGAAGAGAUAUCGAGUGGGGCAAGGAAACUGCGCGCAGAGAAAGAAAGACGAGAGGCAAAGAGAAAAGUCUUGGAUGAAGUGAGAAGGUGGGAAGAGUUCUACAAGAACCAUAAAAAAUACUUCGAGGUUGGGAAAUUGGUCGGCGUCCCAGAAUAUACAGGUGAACCACCGAAGCUGUGCGACCCUGCAAAGAAGGGGAGGCCGAAGAGGAAGAAUAUGAACUCCAAAAAGGAAAAGAAAAAGGACGCACCAGGAAAACCUGUACAGUAGAGCGAUGCUACGGUUACGACAGACACGGCAAGAGUUCGACCACAUGAUGGUAUAGACGAAAUCUUCUCAGAUUUGGAGUCAUGGAUUGUUUGUGUUUAUCUGCACUUUGCUGGGACUGUAGUUGCAAGCUCCUCAGUUAGCCAGAUUCACCCGAAGACCCCAUUUGAGACAGAACUUCGCAAGUGCCAAUCGUUGAUGGUGACAAUGGUAU